UUUUCUCUAAAAGUGGUAAUAUAGGAACUCUACAAUAUCUUCUGAUUACAAAUAUUUACCAUAACAUGGUAAAAUGUUUCUUAACAGAAGAAGAAAACAAAAAAUAAAAUGAUUUCAUUAUGAUUAUCAUACAUGACAUACUCGAUAGCUCUUGAAUUUGUUCUAAACAAUUGCAUUAGCAAAAUUGUGAUGGUCAUUUAAUAACAAAUGUUUAGAAACUAUUUUAUUUAGUUUGGAUCAGACGAACGCCCUAUGAAGGCGUUAAAAAAAUUUCAAGUAAUUCCCACAAGAUUUUAACAAUGUUUUCCCGAGCCGCUAAAUCCGUUGUUAAAUCUUUCAGUCAGCGUAAAUAUUACGCUGGCGAAGAUAAUUUAAAGGUAAAUAUAAAAUAUUCUCCUAAAAUAUGAUAAAUUAUUCUCAAAAUUAAUUGCAGAUUACACUGAUUGGGACAAUUGAGGGAGUCAAUCCAAACGCAUCACGAUUAGCGAGACAACAUUCAACAUUAAAUACCAUUCCUAUUUAUGAUGUGGCUGGUAUUAAUAAAAGAUUUUUAUUUACUCAGAACAGAAUGCAUCAUUUCAAUGGAACUGAACCAUUUUAUGGCCAAAAUUCACGAAUAUUAACAUUGAUGGAAAAAUCACGGUCGUAUGAGACAACAUCGAAGCAAGAUUCAACGAUGAAGGAAAAUAACAAGCUACCCUACCUAGCUGAUCAACUGAAAGUUAACGAAACUGAUAUCAAUAAACUCGUAGAAGCUUUACAUUGUUUGCCGAUCGGCGAAGAAGCUCGAGCAGUAAAUCAACGUUUUACAUCGUCGAAGCUACAAUCAAACACAAGAAGUAUGAAUAUUAAAUAUGAGGAGCCGAAGUAUGUUGAAAUCGUACGUAUACUUUUUCUUUUAUUAAGAAUCCUAUUAUAAGAAUAUAAUCUGACGAUCAUACAUUAAACAUUAAUUUUAAGUUACAUCUCGAAGGCCUCUCUCUCUUUCUACCAUAAGGUCAAAUGGAUUUAAUAUUUUAAUAAAUCAAUCGAUAAUCAAAACGUCGCUGUGACUCCACCUCCCUUCUGCCUCUUUCUUGAUAUGAUGUUGGGCGGGUUAAAAUACACAAAAAGCGUAGAAAUAAGAUCACAAUCGCAAUGCAUAAAUAUAAUUAAAAAAAAAAAAAAAAAAAAAAAAAAAAAAAGAAAAAAAAAUAGAGAAAAGAAAGAGAUAAUUGAUCGGUAAGAACAGCUUUUGGCCUGUCAUUCAGGAACGAGCGAAUUCUUUAACGAUUGCGAGUCACCAAAUUCGAUGCUCAUCAUCUA